CUAUAUAACAAAAGAUUUAGAAUUAGAGAAUUCUUCUUCUUUUUUUUGUUAUUCAGCAAACCAACAAACGAAAAUUCGCUGAUAGUGUACUGGCAUGUAAUGGCUUUUACGAGAAAUUGAGAAUAUCAAAAGUAAAAAUUAUUCAUUACAAUAGAAGCAGAAAAAGCUAUUAGAUGACGAGCCCAUAAAUAAUAUCGUAAACUUGGAUAACGGAUAUGAUGGCAUGAUUUUAAAUGAUAUCGCCGACUUAAUGAAUUUCUCAGUUGAAAUGGUGCCCAACGAACCAAGAAAUUUUAUUGCUGGCCACAUUUACGCCAAUAAUACAGCAACAGGAAUUUUCAAAAUGCUAAUUGAACGGAAAGCCAAUAUGACUAUCGGUUGUGCUAUAUGCCUACCAAAACGUUCAGAAUUAACGAGCAGUUCAAUACCAUACUUUUUAUUGAACUAUGUAAUUUUAUUGAAAAACCAAGAUAAAUUUUCAUCGUUAAGUCUAUUUAUGAAGCCAUUUCAAAUUUCAACUUGGCUGUUAUUCGCAAUUGCUUUUGCCACGAAAAUUUUAGUGCAGCGUCUUUGCCAGUCAACCUUAAUCGGCUUAAAAAGGAGAUUUCUCAAACUAUUUCUUGUUUUAUGGAUGGGUUUAGUAUUCUUCUUACGUUGCUCGUAUGAAGGAUUUUUAUUCGAAAUUAUGCAUAACGCUCCAAAUAGACCGUUGCCGCAAACUAUUGAUACAAUUAUUAAACAAAAUUACACCCUAUUAACUGAUGUGAAUUCCGCGCAUAUAUUGGAGUAUUUACCGAAUCUUAAGAAAAUAACUCAAAUCGUCUCCACUGCACCGAAUCAAGUCUUUAAUCGAUUCGAUAUAUUAGAUGGCAAUGUGGGUCUAUUGAGUCCGCUACCUAUCGUUACGUUCUAUAUGUCACAGCGUACGGAAAAUAUAUCCAGGUAUGCCUUGGUACGUGAGAAUGUAUUCACUGCAAUGCAUUGCGUGUAUUAUCCACGUUACACGUAUAUGAAGCCCGCGAUAGAUCGCUUGCUGACAAGAUUACGACUUCAUGGCUUUAUUGCUAAAUAUACGCAAAUAUUUCAUUUUAACAAUGCUCCGUUGAGAACUGAUAAAUUAUCGCGACGACAUAGAAAACAUUUAGGCACCGCUUUAGAUAUGGAUUUUUUGAAUGUAAUAUUUUGCAGCAUAAUAGCUUUAGAAACAAUUGCAAUAUUAGUAUUUUUGCUCGAAUAUUUAUCGUUACGCAUCAACGUUUUGCAAAGAAUAUACUCACAUAUUACGUAA